AGCUUGCUUUGGCUACAGGAAGUGUGGAAUACCUUCAGCCAGUCUGAGGGACUAUGGCUUGGUUCUGUAGGCAGUUGGGGGCCCUGGAGUAGUUGGGUCAAGAUAGGGCACAAUUCGGUUGUUUUAUAAGAACCAUGUGCAGGGAGGGAGAAUGACCAGGACAGGGUAAGCUAGUAUCCAGUUAGUCAAUGCUGAGAACUUGGUGUGUCAGACCCCAUCAAGGAGGAAGGGCGGAGGGAGGCCCUCUAGGGCAGAUACCAUACGCAAUUCUGUCCAGACAGUAUUGCAUUUCUUUUCUAAGGACCAUGAAAUAGCCACAUUUUCCAGAUGGGUGUCAGAGAAAUUAAGCAAUGUGUCUCUAUCUCACAGCCGAUAUGCAGCUCCCACUUCCAAAGCCUGUCUUCCCUACUGUACUUCUGGACUAUGGAGAUUUAGGCCAGGGUGGAAGGAAACAAAAGAGGUUGUGGUUCAGGUUGGGGAGUGCUCUUGUGUGAGGUCCUGCAGCCUGAAUCCCUUCCUCCUGGGGCUAGCCUGGUCGUCUCUACCACAUCUAUAAGUGGCUGCCCUAGGUUACGGAAAUGGUCAAAGCUGCUCCUCACUCAGGUGGAGCCUUCUGCAGUGUUGGUGACCAGAGGAGAACCAUUUCCGCACUCUGGAAGCUUCUUAACUGUGCCACACACACACACAACAGAAGAGCCCUGUGAAGAUGUGUCCUUCUCCUUUAACAAUGAGUAAAUGGCCCAAAGCCACACAGCAGAAAGGCUUCCUGCCUUGGGGUUAUAUAUUCUCUUCCAAACACCAGCCUUCACUCUGGGCAAUCCACCCACUUUGCACUCAAACCAUCUGUGGGAGGGGAAGGGUGCUGAUCUGAUGUAUUUUUCUUGGGACCCAGGUAUCAUAAUCUUUGGGUCAUGGAAUCCACAUUCUGAACAGCACCCUCUCCCAUCCCCUCCCAUCCUGGGCAUGGCUCCCAGUGAUUCUUUACUUGCUAAAAGCUGGUAACUCUGAAUGCUGCCCUGUAAACUUUGACUUCUUGAGAGAUAGCACAGAACAGGAUUCCACAGUCAAAGGUGUUUGAGUACAGGCUAUUUGGUCAGACGCAGCCAGCAUGGCCCUCAGCAGUGGGAAGAGAGGGGAAGGACUGCUCUCUGAACCCUAACAAACCAACCUCCCACCCAUGUAGAAUAACCAGACUGGUGGCUAUUCUGGGAGGCAGCAGCUGGACCUGUUUGCCCAGGUUCUGCCUGUCUUAACCAGAAGGCUAAAGGUGUGGGGAGUUAGCCUGAUAGUGAAGUGAACUUAAUGAUGCCGCCUAACUGCACAGGUCAUCUUGGAAGUUCAGUCAGGAUCUUAUCCAAACUCACAACAGUCCUGCAAGGCAGGCGUGUGGGCUGAAAGGUGAGCCCCAGGUUCAGACAGGGCUAAAGCACCCCCAGCUCUUUUCUCUUCCUCCACUAAGAGAAGUGGCUUUCACCAGCAUACAUCUGAGGUCAGCAGCUGGUUGGUUUCCCUCUGUGGGGAAACGGCAAUGAUUGUGAUCUUACAGGUACCUGCAUCUAUGCCUGCCCACGGAGCAGAGCCUUUAUUCCAUAUCAUGUGAGCUGGGGAAGCUUGGGGGAGAAUUGUGUUAUCUGUCUCUACCCACAGUCUCCAUUGGCAUCCUGGUUCUGUGUUCCCUCAGGUGACUAGGUUCUGUAGCUCGUUAUGUCCAUAUGCCCUGUGUGGGUAACAACUCCUAAUACAGAAAAACCCCGAGCCUGGGGUCAGAACCCUGAGCUUUUUAGUCCCAGUUUUUAGUCCCUCUGGAUGACUUGAACAUUGCAACUGGGCUAAUUGCCAUCUGAUUCUCUCCGUGACUCUCAGAGAGUCUUGAGUUUGAAAUAUUUCUGAACGUAGGGGCCAAAUACAGUGGCACCCUGCAUGUAGACAGGGUCAAGCGGCUUCGUGGGGGCGGGCAUGCAAAUGCUCACACUCCUGACCCCGAGUGCUGUCUUAGAGAAAAGGCUGCCUUUUGGGGUUGCACAAAGGCACUUGCUGUGUGUGCUGGGGAAGGCCCUGCCUCCUGGCCUGGUUUCCAUGAUGUAGGAGCUCUGCCCCUUGGAUAGGUAUUGUUCUGAGUUAGGGCUGGGUCCUCCUUCAGGGUCUUUGGUGAGCAAGGUGAAAGCAGAGCCAGCAGGCUUGUGAGCGGCUGCUGAGCCUAAGCAUUGUCCUCUCUGCCCCUGAGGAAGAACUGCAGCCAAACCACCUCACCAAAAUCUUACCCCGUGUCUUUCCCUCGCGCCUUGUCGUUGAUGAAAUGAAGAGCACUGCAAAGCUGAAGCCACGCACACCAGAUAGAGACAUCGCCAUUUAGAUAUGGAGAAUAGCCUGUCCAAGCUCUUUGCAAAGGUAGAAAUUCUGAAAGGAAUCUGCUGGCGCUUGCUGUCAGAAGCCCAGUCUGAGAGGGGACAGAGAGAUGACAGACAGAUAUUACACUGGAGUGCCCAGAGCCUUUUGUUGUUUGCUUAGAAUACAGAUGGGCAGGCAGCAGAGUAUGGUUAACAUUUCCGAGAGGAGGGACUCAGGAAAUUCUUGGAGGUUUGGAAGCUGUAUAGAUGCUUCAUUGGUUAUGAAAGGUUCAGAAAUAGAAGAAGCUGAGCCGUGUGACAUCACACACUCUGGGGGACAUUUACUUACUUGUCUAUCGUUGGAAAUACUUGGUUUUCAUCCCUGGGGUAAUGCUGCUGGGACCAGCAAGUAAACACCGAAGAUGCUGUUAAUCCCCUAAAGUGCCACAAUGCAGUGCCCCAGUUGUCUCGUGCAACAGAGAGGUCCCGGGUUACGGUUACUGUAGGCCCUUCUGAAUGACCCGGAACAGAUGGCAGAGGUGAGCCCCACUAAUGGGCUCUGCUGAUGCCAGGACUCUUAAAAGUUUGAACCCUUUGAAGGUAAUGGGACCAACUGGUUAAUCAGCCUUGUUUUAGACCAUGGGGGAAUCAGAGGGCAGAGGGGACAGAAGGGGCCAGCCACAAAGCUACUCCAGAAGUUAAACAAGAGACAGAGGGUCCUGUGCUAGGGUAAAAGUAUUCACGAAAACACCAAGAGGUUAGUGACCCAGAAGAGGGUUCAUGGAGCACCGUGAGGCUGAGGACUGAUAGGAUUUGAUCCAUGGGGAGGAAAAGCCAGACCUGGCUUCGUCUGUGACUGGAAGUAUGUUGAAUUUGGAAGUGCCCGUGGAGCAGGCUAGGGGCUAUAUCCCAGCAGCCAGCAGCUCUGUAUAUGUGAACAUCUGUCAGAGCCUUCUGUAGCCUGGGUCAUCUAAACAUACAGGGGCCGCAGGGCAAGGCAGAACCCUCCUCAUCUCUUCUUCUCUGAUGGCAAUUAAGGAAAGAAGCUGGAAAGCUAGAGGAGUCGUUAAAGUUGAAUGGCAGAGAGAAGGGCAUCCCAGGGCUCCCUAACACCCUCCCUCCCACUCCUCCUCCCUCUCCCCCGCCCCGCUGCCUGGGCAGGCUAUCAAAGGAGGAGAUGAUGAGCUAUGGAAACACCCCAUGAGGAGUCCUGCAGCAUCAGAGCCUCUUUGCCAGCAUGCCUGCGACAGCUUCUAAACAACUGCCAGCUCGAAUUAACCUCUCUCUCUGCUGCUUCGGUCAUUGCUGUGGUCAUGGACCUUUUCACUGAUGGGGAUAUAUUCCAAGACAUUGUGGAUGCUGCCUCUAAGCGCCGGGUCCCUGUAUACAUUAUCCUGGAUGAGGGUGGAGUGAAAUUCUUUUUGGAGAUGUGUCAGGGCCUAGAGCUCGCAGACUUCCGCAUUCGGAACAUCCGUGUCCGCUCUGUGACAGGAGUUGGGUUCUACAUGCCCAUGGGGAAGAUCAAGGGGACGUUGUCAUCAAAGUUCCUGAUGGUCGAUGGGGACAAAGUAGCCACCGGAUCUUACAGCUUUACCUGGAGCUCCUCCUAUGUGGACAGGAAUCUCCUCUUGCUCCUGACAGGACAGAACGUGGAGCCCUUUGACAUAGAGUUUCGGGAGCUGUAUGCCAUCUCUGAGGAAGUAAACUUGCACCAGCACCUGGGACUGGCAGGAAGGAUUGGCCUCAACUACUCCUCCACUGUAGCUCGAAAGCUUAUCAACCCCAAGUAUGCCUUAGUGGCAGGCACCCGCCCUCCUCCCGGAGAAAUGAUGCGUUGGGCAGCCCGGCAGCAGCGGGAUGCUGGUGGCAACCCAGAGGGACAGGAGGAGGGCAGUGGCGGUGGUGAGUCUGCCCGGCGUCUGGAGAGCUUUCUGAAUGACCUGGUCACAGUAGAGCAGGUUUUGCCCACAGUGGACCCCAUUAUCCCAAGAUUGCCGAAACCUAAUGAUGGCAAGACAACCUCUUAUGCACACACAGACCUGAGGCACAAAUCCCGAGAGGCACUCCCCCAGAAUGGCAAGGGAGAAGCUGCCAAUGGAGAGGCCACCCCAGCCAAGGAGAGCAGACGCUUCAGCAGCAGGUUCUUCAGCCGUCGAGUAAAGAGGCCCACAGUGCACAGCAGCAUGGCCGGCUCCCCUUCCACUGAGACUUUUACUGAUGUGGAGUUUCAGCUGGGAAAGAGGCACAAUGAGGGUUCCAUGGCCAAUAUAUCAGGUAGAGGAAGCUCCAGCGUCACCAAGGCCAGCAACUGUGUGAUCUCUUGAGCUGCAGGGUAUUGGUGGGCGGGACCUUCAGAUGCCCACCCAUCUGGUCCUGUGCCAAGAACAUGGCCUCUUCCCUGCACUAGGAAACGCAUCAGACCCUCAGCAGACCUCCUACCCUGUAGCCUCCAUUCCAGUCUUAGUGCUGGAAUUCCAGACAACAGGAUCUGAAUCUCAUCUCAUCAUCUCAACCAUUGUGUGCCUGCAGCAGACCGUGGUGGUCUGACAAGAAACACCGCUACCGUGUUUACGUGAAGUAGAAGCCUCCCUACUGUCUGCUUUUCUUCUUGCCAAUCUGACCUCCACUGGGCCAGUCCUCCCUACAGGUCCUCAGGAGGGAUAAAGGCCAGUCUUUCUGCCGUGGUAGGACAGGAUGUGCAAAACAGCCCCAGCCACUUGGCCUUCUCCUUGGACAUCUGGUGCUGUCUGGUUCUCUAAACCCCAGAAGUUUGUGGGGGAGAAGGGAAGAAGGUGGGACUCUGAGCCAGUCUUGCUCCACCCUUGAAGCUCAGGUAGAAGGCGCAGCUGGAACAGCUGGCCUACGGACACCCACUCCUGACGGCUCCUGAUGGUCUCCCACUGGAAUUGGGGCGGGGUAGGAACUCUGCCUCCCUCCAGCUAGUGGCAGGAUCUGACAGUGCUGGCAAAGAGCCCCUUUCCUUCCUACACUGUAGCCUGCCUGAGUGCCUGGGGCUCCCUGGCUGGUGCUGUGAAAACUAGAGCCAUAGAGUGCCUUUCUCUAGGCCUGCUCCUUUCAAUAGGCUUUUGUUUACAGACCCUGUGGAGGAUGGGAGUGCAGGAGAGGAGGCUGGGCCCUGAGGACAAGAGCAUUUGCAGUUACUCCCAGCCCUCUUCAUCCACUAGGGUUUCCUCCUUGAAACUUCAGCUGAAGACUAACCUUAGCCUCUUUCAGAAUUGCAGGCUGUUCUUAGAAGCCUCAGUUUCUCUAAAACAGGUUGGCUAAAUUGCCAGGACAAGCAGCCACCUCCCCUUACAGUGACCUGUCCAGGCUGAGGGAGAGUGAGCAUGACUUAGAAGAUGUCAUUGCGGGGUUGGGGAUUUGGCUCAGUGGUAGAGCGCUUGCCUAGGAAGCGCAAGGUCCUGGGUUCAAUCCCCAGCCACGGAAAAAAAAGAAGAUGUCAUUGCCUGACUCCAGACUCUGGUCAACCCUCCUGAACAGGCAGAAUGACAGAGGGACAGAGGGGCACACAGAAGCCUUUCCAGGCCUCCUAACCAAGUUCUUGCUUUUCUGAAAAGACCUUGGGUACCACUAGGACCAGAAAGGGACAAGGACAUCUGCAGAAGCAGCUAGUGAGAGGCAGGGAGGGGCACUGUGAACUACAGAAGCGGGCAAAACGCAGUUCCUGUGUCUGACCUCCCUGCUGGUGGGGAGGGAGAAGGAAAAUAACAGAUGGUCUCAAUCCAGAGUCCCCCUAUCCUCCCUGAGGGUAGCCCCACCAUGGCUUCCCAAGCUUUUGUGAUGAUUAAACACUUCUGGUAAGUGCUUCCUGAUACAA